AUGCAGGUAGAGGUCACAAAAGGUUAAACAGCCGCGGCUGGCCGGCGAGACUCCCCUCAGCCUCUUAUCAGUUCGUCGCUGUCUCAGCCGCGCUACAGACGCUUUGCUUUUCAAUCCCUCUCCUUCCUUUAAACUUCAAACGCGCAAUCAUGGAGCGCUGGACAGGCCGCGUGGCCAUCGUGACCGGCGCCAGUUCGGGCAUCGGAGCGGCCACGGCCAAGAAAAUGGUGCAGGCCGGCAUGAGGGUGGUCGGCGUGGCUCGCAGGGAGGACAAGAUCAAGAGCCUGGCCGCCGAACUCAAGAGCGAGAAGGGCCAGUUGUUCGCCAUGGCCUGCGACGUGACCAAGGAGGAGGACAUCAAGAGAGUGGUCAAGUGGACCAGGGACGUGCUCGGAGGUGCCGACGUGCUCGUCAACAACGCUGGCGUUUGGUAUCAAGCCCCAUUUCUCGAGAGCAAUGGUGAAUUGCUGAGGAAAAUGAUCGACACCAACAUGUGGGGACUGAUCAUGUUCAUCAAAGAGGUCACCUUGGACAUAAGAGAAAGAGGAGUUUCUGAUGGGCACAUUGUCAACAUUGCCAGCAUUGCCGGCCACCGCCUGUUGAACUGUCCUGGAAUCGGCGCCUACUGUGCCACAAAACACGGCGUGACUGUCAUUUCUGAGGCCUUGAGGCAGGAGCUCCGUGAUCUUGGAACCAGAAUUCGAGUCACGAACAUAAGUCCUGGUGUGGUGAAGACUGACCUUUUCUCCGCUCUAGAGCAAAAUCAAGCUCGAGCCCAAGAGAUGUUCCAGGUCAACCCUCACCUGCACCCUGAGGACAUUGCCGACGGCAUCAUCUACGCCCUAUCCACUCCUCCGCACGUCCAGGUCCAGGAGAUCACCAUUGAGCCUGUUGGAGAAAAAAUCUGAAGACUGCUCUAAAGUGUAAAUUGAAGUCAUUUAAGUUAUAAAAAAGGUUACAAUUAUUUUCCUUGAAUUGAAUUUUUUUGAAUAAAGGUCAAAUUUAUUUUUUACAAUCAAA